UGCCACGUUGCCAUGUCCUGUGUGCUAGAGCUAUAAAUCUGGCAAAAGUUGUGUUGAGCGGUUGAAGCUUAAUCUGUAAAUUUUUGUUUCUAUAGUGUCAUCCAUAUAAUUUACAUUCAGCUAUUAAUAGAUAUCGAUAUUGGGAAAGAUAUCUUAUAGGUGCCUGAAGUUAUUGAAGAUAUUGAGAAAGAGAAAGAGAAAAAGAGAGACACGUCUGGUGUAGAACCUAGUUAUUUUUGCAGAGAUACCGAUUUUUGCUUAAUAUUUCGAAAUUGAUUGAAUAUUAUAAAUAAAUUAUUUUUAUAUACCUAUUGCAUACAGACAUAUAGACAUGGUUAAUAUCUAUAGAGUGAAUAGAAAUCUUCGAUUGCAAGCAAGUGUUGAUUACAAUCAGUUUUUUCAUCCAAAUAUUUGUCAUGUUUGCAAAUCAACAGACCAAGUUAACUUGACACCAUGUUCGUGUUAUAUGAUCUCUUACUGCUCUGAGGAACAUAGACUUGCUCACCUAUCGAGCCAUUUCGACAUUUGUAAGCUUAUAUCAUGUAUCAUAUCUCAAUAUUCGUAUUGGAACGCAAGCCAUUUAACCGAUGAGUGGAUGAAAAUUCAACAUGAUUUUAUAUUGAAAAUCCAGGCGGUAUUGACACGUAAACUAGAGCCAUACGAAAAGCAGAUGUUUAUGUUCGCAAACUCGUGUUUUAUAUGUCAUCGACGGGAUGUUUUUACUUGUGGAAUAUGUUUUUCCUUUUCCUAUUGUGCUGAACAUGCAACAAUUCAUGAGCACCAAGGAUACAACUGUUACCAGAUGGCUUUAAGUGUCAAUAUGGAUAUCAUAUUUCUUGAUCAAACGGCGUAUAAAUCACUACAUGCCAAAUUUUAUACAUUUCUAGAUAAUAAUUCGUUGACUGACAUGUAUUCUUUUUGUAAUCGAUAUUACCGAAAAUGGAAUAGAGAUCAAACUCAGGGAUUUAAUUUCUAUGCCUUUACUGAUUAUGUAUCAGAUCCGCUGACUCUAUACGAUGGAUUGCGCUCUGCAAGAUUAUUUCAUUCACUACAGUUAAUGCGUACCUUCAUCAUUCAUAUUAUAGCCGCAAACUAUGUGGAUAGACGCAAUUUUCCAGCUUGGGAGCUUUUUUUACAUCUCUUAUAUAGAAAGACGGAAUUAGUGAUUAUAAUGAUAGGACCAGAAUUAGAGUUCGAAAUUGAUGAAUAUAAACUUUGCUCCCGUUGCCAAGCACUUAAAAAGAGACUCAUUCUUCGCUCUUUUCCUCUAUUGUAUCAUAAUUAUGUGUUUAGUUCUAGCUAUAGGCGACCGAAUGUCAUCAUAGGAUUUCAAGCAGAACUUUAUCGCGUGGUUACAUGGUCGGAAUCUAUAAAAGCGAUGCAGAUGCAAAACUGUCCGUUACUUUUAACCGGUGUAUCAACAUAUAAAUUACAAAUGGACAUUAAUGCAAUACAACAUAACCUGGAUAGGUCUGUAAAACCUAUACUGCAAAUAAAAAAUGGCUUCGCUUCUAAUAGACCAUAUAGAGACUUUAAUGAAAGCAUAUUAUUUCGUAAUAUGCAUUUAACGAUUUAUAAAAAUUUAAAUGUUGGAAGUAACUAAAUCCAAAAUUAUCUUUAGCGAGUUCAAAAUCAGAUUUAACAGAUCUACCCAGGAUAUUUUGUAUAUUGCGAUACUGUUCUCUUAUGGAAGUUCUCGAUAUAUCUGUAAAAUCUGUUCUUGAAACUGAAAAUAUAAAUUCGGUUUAUUCAGACCAUAUAUUCAGAACUGAUUAUGUGUACCAUUUUAACAUAUAUAUAUAUAUAUAUAUAUAUAUAUAUAUAUAUAUGUAAACAAACAUAUAAUAUAUAUAAACA